UGACCGUCUCUCCUGUGGCCACAGUUCACUGAAGCUCCCAGCCAGUCAACAUGGGUUGGUGGACGCUACACAACGUUUUAUUUCUCAUGUUUCUCAUGUUUCUCUGCAGCUCCAAUGGACAGCUUGUCUCUCAUGCAGUACGCCCCUGGCGUGAGAGAUUUCCAAUAAGAGAGGAACCUUGGAUACGCCAUCAUCACAUACCACUGCCGAAGGCCACAGUUAGUUCUACACCGAGGUUUACCUUGCUGGCUCCAGACCUGUUGAGGACAGACAGUCAGGAGAACAUCUAUUUACAGGCAGACGGUGUAUCCAACCCCGUCACCGCCUCCAUCUCCAUCCUGGAUUUCAGCAAGACCACCAUGCUCCUCCAGGACUCUGCCACACUCAAUUCGGAAAAUGGAUUCCAUGUGCUCAAGGCCAUACAGCUUCCCUCGGAUCGUUUGAAUCGAGAAGAGAAAAAGAACAAGUUUGUGUAUCUGAAGGUGAACUUUGGGGGCCACUACACUGAGGAGAGGGUACUGAUGGUGUCCUUUCACUCUGGAUACAUCUUCAUCCAGACAGACAAACCUGUCUAUAAUCCCGGAGACACUGUUCGGUUCAGAACCUUUGUGUCCUCACCGUCCUUCAAGGCCUUUAACAGCUCCGUCACUAUUGAUAUGCAGAAUCCAGACGGUGUGGUGGUUAAACAGACCACCAGGGUCAGAGCUGUCAAUGGCAUCUUUGCAGACACUUUUCCUCUCUCUGAACUUGUCAAUGAAGGAAAAUGGACAGUGACUGCAAAGUUUGACCACUGGCAGCAGAACGCAUUCACCGCCCAGUUUGAGGUGAAGAAAUAUGUGCUUCCUGCCUUCAAUGUUACCCUGACACCCAAGAAGUCCUACCUUGACCUGGAUGAUAAGGAACUGGAAGUAGAGAUUUCGGCUAGGUACCUGUAUGGAGAGCCAGUCCAGGGGACGGCUUAUGUGGUGUUUGGAGUGAAGAUCAACCAAGAGAUGAGAAGGCUGCCUUCAGUGAAGCAGGUGUCAGAUCUCGAUGGAGGAGUCGUCACACUAAGCAUGGACGAGAUCAAGAGAGCUUACCCCAACAUCAGAUCUCUGGUGGGCAACUCUGUGUAUGUGAAGGCCUCUGUGCUCACCAAGUCAGGCAGUGAUCUGGUUGAAUCAGAGAAGUCUGGAAUCAAAAUUGUGGAGUCUCCGUAUGUUGUAUCCUUCAGAGACAUGCCAAAGUACUUCAAGCCGGGCCUGCCCUUCGACUUUACAAUCCAGGUGAGCCACCAUGACGGUUCCCCGGCCCGUAACGUCUUGGUCAAAGUGACGCUGCUGGAUGAGCCCCUGGUCGUCUUCAUGGGCACCGCCAGAGUCACCGUCAACAUGCCCGGUGCUCAACGGCCACAAACCAUCACUGCUGAAACUGUGCAGACUGACCUGAGACCAGAGCAGCAGGCCAAACAACAGAUUGUUGUUCAUCCGUACGUUGCCUUUAACCAGCGCCACCAAAACUACCUGUACAUCUCCACAGGGACCAACACGGCGUCUUUAGGAGACAGACUGUCCCUGAAACUCAGCAUCAAUGUUGAAGACGCGACGCACAGAUCAUUCAUUACACACAUCACCCACCUGGUGCUGAAUAAAGGUAAAAUCAUUUCUGCUGAGCGUGUGGAUGUGACGGGUCAGCUGGUCACCAGCAUCGGACUGACGGUCACCCCGGAGAUGAUGCCGUCGUUCCGUUUUGUGGCGUUCUACAGUAUUCCCUGGGCAGGGCGCGAGGAGGUGGUGUCGGACUCUAUCUGGGUGGAUGUGGCAGAUUCCUGUGUUGGAGGGCUGACAGUCGGGCCGGUGGAUGGCAAACAUCGAGACUACACACCUGGGAAGAGCUUUAGUUUCGAGGUCAAGGGUGAUCCGGGGGCAAAGGUCAGCCUGGUGGCUGUGGACAACGCUGUGUUUCUGCUGAACAGGGACAGACUUACACAGAGGAAGGUUUGGAGCACUGUGGAGCACGGAGACAUCGGCUGCACACGAGGGGGAGGCAGAGAUGCCACGACGGUGUUUUCAGACGCAGGACUGCUCUUCGCCUCCAGCACCGGGAUCAAAACCCAAACCAGACAAGCCCUGCAGUGUCCAGGCAGUGUCAGAAGGAGGCGUUCUGCUGAGCUGUUGCAGCGUAAAGCCCAGCUGGAGAGUCAUUACAAGGAGAAGCUGCAGCGUCGCUGCUGUAAGGACGGCCUCAGGGAGAUUCCCAUGCCGUACUCCUGCACGCGACGCUCCCUCUACAUCACAGAGGGCUGGGAGUGCAUCCGGGCCUUCCGCUACUGCUGUGCCACCUACAGGAACCAAGAGUUUAACACUGAGAUCCCCACCACCCCACCACCCAUCACCACAGUUGCCCCCACCACUUCCGCUCCAAUGAUACUCCCCUCCCGUCCUGGUUUUGUGGAUGUGGCUGCACGAGGAAAAUUGCAUCUAUCCCGGGAAAAAUUUAACUGGGGACGUGAACGUGGAUUACCUGGAAUGCCUGGACCACCUGGGCGGCCUGGGUCGCCUGGAUUACCUGGAUUACCUGGAAUGCCUGGAAUGCCUGGAAUGCCUGGACCACCUGGACCGGACAUUUUCUAUACAACUGCAAACAAAGCAGAGCCAGAAGAAGAUAGGCCACUUUUAGGGGCUGAAGAUGGAAUGUGGGAGGAGGAAGAGGAGUAUCUGGAUGAAAGUGAUGUGUACCUGAGGUUCAAGUUCUUUGAGUCCUGGCUGUGGACGGAUGUUAACCUGCCCAGUGAGACAGACAAAGAUGGGUUUGCAUCUAAGAAUGUGGACGGUCCCUUACCUGACAGCAUCACAGAGUGGGGAGUUUUUGCCGUCAGUGCAUCACCUGAUACAGGUUUCUGUGUUGCCGAGCCGUACAACAUCAGAGCAUGGAAGCGUUUCUUCGUGGACCUGAAGCUGCCAUACUCGGUGGCGAGGAACGAACAGGUCGAGAUUAAAGCCGUAGUCCAUAACUACGGCUACGACGACCUGCAUGUGAGGGUGGUGCUGAUGAAGACAGAAGGCAUAUGCAGUGUUGCCUUCAAAGACAGACACACGCAGGAAGUGACGCUGCCAGCCGGCUCUUCUGUCGCGGUGCCUUACACCAUCGUACCGCUUGUGGUGGGGAAACUUCCUCUGGACGUGAUGGUGGUGGCCAGAGACAUGAUGGGAGGAGACCGCAUCAAGAAAGAACUACGGGUGGUGCUGGAUGGAGUGCAGAAGACUGAAGUCACAAGUGUGGUAUUAAACCCAUCUGCUGAGGGAGGAACACAAACAGUUAAUGUGGGCAAAAUCGAACUGGAGUCAGUUGUUCCGAACUCUGUGCCAGAGACGUUCAUCAAUGUCAGAGGUAAUGUGCUGGCAGACAGCAUUGAUAACUCCAUCAGUGAGGACUCUCUUGCCUCCCUGAUCCGGAUGCCUGGUGGCUGUGUGGAGCAGAACUUGGCCUCCAUAACUCUGCCGCUCAUCGCCACCCUCUACCUGGAGCGAACCAACAACUGGGAGAGUGUAGGGGUGCAGCGCAAGGCUGAGGCUCUGCGGUACAUCAGGAGAGGCUAUGAGAACCAGCUGGCAUACAGACGGAGUGAUGGCUCUUAUCCCCCCUACAGGAAGGAAGGCGCAAGUACAUGGAUCACGGCAUACGUGGUGAAAGUUUUCUCCAUGGCGCACUCCAUCGUUGGCAUCAACGAGCAGCAGGUGUGUGAGCCUCUGCUCUACCUGGUGAAUAACAAGCUCCGACUGCCAAGGGCGUUCUUUGUAGAGGACAACCCAGUUUACAGCACCACCAUGACUGGCGGUUUCCAGGGUGGGCGAGGUGAUGACCCUGAGAUAACCCUGACAGCCUUCGUCCUCAUAGCACUUGCUGAGGCUAAACAAGCUGGACUCAGCUGCAUGGGUCCAAGCACAGAGGUCCAUUUGCGUAGGGCACUUUUACACCUGAAGAAAGCAGUGGCAAGGUCGGGGAGAAGACCGUACACUGUGGCCAUUGCCUCCUACGCGCUGGCUCUGCAGGGGAAAGAUCAUUCCUCCAACCCCACAAGAUUUUUACUCAGAGAUGCAGCUCCAGGUGGCACUCACUGGCCCGACGCGCAGAACCCCUUGUUCACCUUGGAGGCGACCGGCUACGCCCUGCUGGCUCUGGUCAAGUUAGGGCGCAUGGAGGAAGCCGAAGCGCCAUUUAAAUGGCUGAACAGCCAGCGGAGGCGAGGAGGAGGCUUCGGCUCCACUCAGUCCACCAUGGUGGUGCUCCAGGCACUGUCAGAGUACCUCAUCAACAAACCACCUCCUGAUGACCUCAGUCUGGAUGUGGACAUCAGGAUAACAGGACGCAGGGAAAUCCGCCACCAUUUCAACCCCAACACAGCCUACGUUGCUCGCUCCUCCAGGCUGCCUACUGGUCUUGAUCUGGAAGUGCAGGCUAAAGGGAAUGGACAGGGAAUACUGGAGGUCGUGACCUAUUACAACCAGCUGCACGAGGUGGAUGAGAAAAUGCCCUGCAAGAACUUUGAGCUCAAUGUCACUAUCGAAGAAUCCGGCGAAAAGCCUCCAGCAGAUGUAGAAAAAUCCUACCAGAUCACCGUCAGCGUGAGGGCUUUAGGACCCAGAGAUGUCAGGAUGGUGGUCCUGGAUAUAAGUCUGCCAACUGGCUUCACCCCAGAAAACUCUGACCUGGAGAUGUUGUCCAACUCAGUGGACCGUUACAUCAAUAACUUCCAGAUUGUUGAUAACCUGAGCGACAGAGGCUCUCUGAUCAUCCACCUGUUCAAGGUGUCUCACAAAGAGCCAGAGAUCCUGAUCUUCAGGCUUCAGCAGAGUUUCAAAGUCGGCCUCCUCCAGCCAUCCUCAGUUACUGUUUAUGAGUAUUACAACCCAGGUAGGAGAACACAUUCCAGCUCACAUCUCACUGCAGCAGCAUAUACAAGAAAUCAUCCAUGCCCUAAACAUCAGUGAAAACCCAAUCUGAGA